AUGAGACCGUUAUACCAAUUAGAGGGUAUUUAUUAUUCUGUUAACGAAAGCGAAGAAGAAAGCAUAGAAAUAACUACCAUGAAUGAAAGUUCUGUCACAAAUGAAAGUGCUGAAAUAAUUGAUGAAAAUGUUGAA